AUGACUUGGCCACUAUUUGUCAAGAAUUGCAAGUGGAUAACCUGGAACAUCUCGGAUAUGGUGCCACAAGUAAUGUCUAUAAUAUAUAAAGGAACUGGAUCACUUAAGAAUUCUGUUGUCAAAGUAUUUAAGUCUUCAGUCCUGUCUGAUGCCAUUGCUCAAGAAAUCAAUCUUCUCAAGUGGUUGAAGGAAUGUAAUGCCCCACACACUAUAAGAAUUAAAGAAAAUGGCAAUCAAUGGGUCACAUUAGUGCCCAUAUGCAAUAUUUGUUGUCUCUCAAGUCCAAGCUCAUUUCAAAAGUGCCAUUGGAUUCAAGGUAUUGAAGCUCUAAAAUGGCUACAUGAUAAAGGAUAUGUCCAUUGGGAUAUCAGGCCAGAAAAUAUAAUGCAAGCUGGAGGUAACUUGGUUCUGUCAGAUUUUGGCUCCUGUGUUCAAAUUGGAUCCACCAUAUUUGAAGGCACUACACGUUUUGCUAGUGAUAGCAUCAUUACACAAUUGCAAGCUUCUCUAAUAGUGGAUUUUCAACCAUCAGAUGAUCUCCACCCAUUACUACGUGUUGCACAAUGGUGUGAUAUGAAUCCUAGUUACUGGUCUAACUUACAUGCUUGUGAUACUAAUACUAACACAGAGCUAAACAAGAUACAAAGGUUCUGGCAGAUUCAAACUAGUAACCUUGUAAAGUUCACUGAUGCCAUUCCAGUGCAUGAUGACCUUGCAAAUGUCUUUAAUUCAAACUGGUACUGA